GUGACUCUGCGGAGUGGCCACUCGUGCUCGGCCUGGAUCAGUGCUUCACGAUGGCGGAAGCGGUGCGGCCGAAAAAAUCUAGACAGGCAGCAAAAGUGCAGGAUAAAAAGAAAAAAGUUACUACAGAAGUUAAGAAAAAAGAAAGUUCAAAACCUGAAUCAGACCAGGAAUCAGUUUCUUGGGUUAUUACAAAAACAGGACUUUCUUCAUCUGGUUAUACUGCUGUUGACAAGAGCCAAAAAGAAGAAACUAUUGUAAAACCUAAUAAGGAGGGCCAAAGUGAAGAUCACCAAUUGCUUCCAAAUUCACCAAUAGUUGAGGUGACUGUGAAAAAUACUCAGGAGUCUGAACCUUGUAUAGAAGCAGUGCCUAUUGCAAUUGCUGAAUCUGAAAUUGAUUCAAAACAGCAUGUUGGGUUAGACAAUAAAGAUCAACAAAUUUAUGUGGAUCAAACAAAAAAGAUGAACUCUCGCCAUUGCCAUUGUAAUUGCAAUAAUACUGUGCUCCAAGAGCAGCCUGAAAUUCCAGAGGCUAGUGAACUAUCGUACUCCAGUGAGACUAUUGUUGGUCAAAAUGAAGAAAAUUUGCAGGAUACUAGUGAUGUUGAACCUGCUGUUUACAGUGCUUCGGGCCAAAUGUUAUUGCACUCUAGAAGUGUUUCUUCACAGAAGGUAACAGUUGAUUUGAAGGAAAAGGAGGUCAUGAGUAGGAUGGACAGGAAAAAACCUGCCAUUUUAAUACUGGAUGAUCGUAAGAAAGAGUCUAUUGAUAUGAAACUGCAUAACAUCAUGGCAGAUCUUCCUGUACAGUUGACCAUAGAAAGACUGUAUCCUGAUUUACCAUUGGAGGUCAAGGAAGAACCUGGAACUGCAUUUGCUGAGCAGGUUUUGCCUCAUUCCGGAACACUGUAUCCGGUGAUUCCAUCUGAAGUUGUACCAUUUUCAAAAGAAGAUCUGAAAAUGUUUGCAUUAGGUUCAUGGCUAGAAAAUGUUGAUACAUAUACUGAAGAAUUUCUUUCUGUGGCUAAUCAGGAUAAAAAUGAUUUUUUUGAACUCCUUAUGAACUAUGGGAGAUGUAGAAAACAACUUCUGCUGGCUGAGGCAGAACUGGAGACAAUGGUGUGUGAUUAUAAGAAUACCAAAAAGAGGCUGUGGACAUUCAAGGAAGAGCAACUGACUAUCCAGGGAGUUUGUGCUGAUCAAUCAAAAGUUACAGCCUAUCAUCGAUUUCAGACUGUGGAGAUGAACAAUUUGGUUCUUGGAGAGCUGCAACGGGUUUUGGAUAUUAAGGCUGAUCACUUACAUCAAACAUUGGCUUUGCAUGCCUAUACCUCAGUGCUUUCUCGCCUACAGGUGGAAUCAUACAUAUACAGGUUGUUGAACAGUUCUCCAGCAUUUAGAGAAGUGGCAGUUCUGCAAAGACAACGUACCAAUGAGCAAGAAGUAGAUUGCAGCCAUUCAGACCUGCAACUUUUAAAAGAAAGUAUCAGUGUACUGUUUAGUUUUACCCGAAGAACAAAUGAAGAUAGUCAAUUCCACAGUGACAUUCUUCUCUGGCUACAGAAAUUGGUUGCAGUGUUACACAGAGUUGGCUCCACUGCUGACCACCUCUUUCUUCUGAAUCAUAUCCUUAGAUGCCCAGGUGGUGUGAGCAAAUGGGCAGCCCCAUUUGUAAAGAUAACAGUGUUCGGUAAUCCUUCGGGCAUCUUUCUCUUUAUGCAAGCUCUAGCCUUACUUCUGUCACCAAUCAAGCAUCGAUCUGAGUUUCUGAUGAACAUAAAACCCAGUGACAAAAAGCCACUUCCAGCAAUGCCAGCAGGAAAAGACAUACAGAACUGGACCUUGGUAGAUGAAGCUGGUGAAGAGGAUGAAGAUCCUGACACCAGCUGGCUAUUACUGUCCGAGGAUGACUUGGUUACCCUUUUGUCACAGUUUCCUUUUGAUGAACUGUUUAAGCAAUUACUUGGAAUAACUAUAAAAGGUGAAUACAAGCCAGAAAAAACCACAUGUGAUCAGAUGAUGAAGAUCAUUGGAUUUGCAUCCUCAUUGAUAGACCUUCUGGCGGUGGGAUUGGAAACUUUUAACAGGGUACGAUACAGGCAGUUUGUGAAAAGAAUUGGUCAGAUGAUCAGGAGGACAAUUUGUUACGUAAGUGACCACUGGGCUCAGUAUGUUACUUUCCAUAAAGAGCAGGGAACCAGGAUGAAUCACCAGUUUUACUCUUUAGAAAAGUUGCAAAUGGAAUUUGAUGAACUGUUUCUUCGGGCAGUACUUCAAGUGUUGAAAGCCAAAAGGUUGGGCAUUUGGCUUUUCAUGUCUGAAAUGCCAUUUGAAACCUUAUCAACCCAUAUGAUAUGGAAACUCUUCUAUAUUCUGCAUUGUGCAGAAAGUGAAAAUAUUGAGGGGUUGUGUGCUAGUCUACAUUCUAAUGAGUGCAAGGACAAACUUAAAGAUCCUGAACAUAAACAUAUGUUUGAACAAUGUCUGUCCAACAUUACGAAUUCAGAAGGAAUAUGCCUUCUCACAACAUUUGCACAUAUGACCCAACCAAAGCAAGGAAAUGUGGAUCAAGAGUUUGUGAAGACAGUUGCUUUAGAAAUAUAUGAGGUAGCUUAUGUAAGCCUUUGCACCAGAGAAACCUUUUCCAAGGUUGGCCGUGAACUUUUGGCCACAAUUUCGACUGCUCACCCUGAUAUAAUCUCCAUACUUCUGGAUCGUGUCCAAGAAACCAUUGAAAAAGUUGGAAUGGUUUCUCUAUACCUAUUUAAAGAACUUCCCCUGCACCAAUGGAAAAUCACCUCAACUGAAAUGAAUGUAAUUCGUGAUUGGCUCCUGAACUACAAUUUAUCCACUGUGGAGAACAAGUUGGCUUGCAUCAUACUUGAAGGACUGAACUGGGGGUUUGACGAACAGCAAUCGAUCCUCGCUCUUGACCCUUCCCUUCAUACAGAAGUAGCAUUGAUGGUUCUAGAAGCAUAUCAGAAGUACCUGACUGACAAGCCUUACAGUGGAUUCAUCUCUGAAAGCAUAAAGCAGGUGUCUUAUUUGGCUAAUGUUGUUCGCCUGAGUCAGACUCCUGAGGCCUUAUUUAAUCACUGGGCAUGGGAGUUGGUUGUCAGAUUGAAGUUGCACAAUAGUCAUCCAUGCAACGAUCAGAGUUGGCCAUCUAUUAACAACUCUUUUAUUGCACCUGAAAUGAAUGAGUCACCUAUCCUCCAUCCUCUUUCUAAAGCUGUAAAAACUGGAAUUCCUAUUGGAUGUUAUCUUGCACUGUCAAUAACAUCAAUAGGUCACAGCAUUGACAAAUUCUGCUCAGAAGGCAUACUUCUGCUGGGUGUACUAGUACAGUCAAAGCAUCUUAAAGCAGUAGUCCAUGUGUUGGAUAAGAUCUUGCCACUCUUCUACUCAUGCCAAUAUUAUCUCCUGAAAAACGAACAGUUUUUAACGUGUCUGCAGCUUUUCCUUCAAACUGACAGUGGCGUGCUUCAGGGAGUGACUCAACAAGUGACACAGAAAGUAGCACAACAUUUGACUGGUGUCAGCUAUGGAGAAAACAUUAAAUUAUUAAACAGUAUGAUCCAGACUCAUGUCUCUGAGAGCAAUAAACCUGGCCGAGUUGGAGCAGUUGCUGUUCUGGAAUUCUGGAUUCAGGUCUUGACAAGUCAACAGCUGUGGCACAGAGACAAAAGUGUUUUAUUUCUGAUGGAUAAUCUUUGUAAGGUUGCAUUUCUUCACCAACAAGAAGACUGUUUGCAAAAGCCUCUUUACCAACUGCACAAGACUGCUCUUGGAUACCAUGGUGAUCGUGGAUUACUAACUUCAUUCAUGAGCUGGAUGUUAGCUGGCAACAUAACUCCAUCAUUCAUUGAAGGCAGUGCCACCUCAACUGAGGUGUGGUUUUGCUGGAUCAUAUUCAACAUGGAGGCAAUCUUUGAAGAAGAUUCCCAGCUCCGUAGAUAUGUGGAACUUGAAUUAAUUAGCAAACCUUCAGUUACUCCGGAUCAAGCUCUAAGGAAGGCCCAAAGCCACUUAAAGUUACCAGUUGUGCCAUCCAUUCAGCGGCUUAUGAUCUAUCGCUGGGCCCAUCAGGCUUUAGCUACUCCUGCAGAUCACCCGCUUCUCCCCCUCAUCUGGCAGAAAUUCUUCUUUCACUACCUUCACCGGCCUGGGCCAGAGUUUGGUUUACCUGUAAGUGGCUGUAUUGGAAAACGAUAUUUCUGUAGCACUUCGCACUCUAACUUGCUGAAAGAAAUGAAAAGGCGCCUUGUUGAAAUAGCAGAUUUUCAUCAUAUAGCAAGUAAGGCAGUAAAGAUCCGGAAGAAUAUGGAUCGUCCUGACGACACUUCAGCAUUGAAUGAGAACACUGUAAGUCACCUGCCUGAAUCCAUGACAUCACCAGAGCUGCACAAAGAAUUGCUCAGGCUUUUCCAUGUUUUUGCCUUUUGGCUGGAGGAUAAGAAUCUACAAAAGACUGAUCUUUAUCUACCUUCUCUACCUGUGCAGUAUGAUACGCAUAGGUUGGCAAAGGUUAUGCAGAACCAGCAGGAUCUUUGGACUGAAUAUGUUGAUAAUGAGCGUAUUAAGCAUGAGUUCCAUGAGAUGUUGAACCUCUGGACCCAGCUCCACUAUGAGCCUUCUGCAACAUAUCGUGCAUCAAGUUUUAAUAAUCUUUUUGAUCCACUUUCAGCAAAAGAAAGAAUUUUCAGCAACCUGAAGACCUGUGAUACCCCUGUACCUACUGUGUCCCUACAGUAUAUGAAAGCUCCUGUCCCAGAGAUUGUCGGAACUAGUCUGUCAAACAAAAUAGUGGCAAUCGAACUUAUUCAGCAAAAUCUAAACAUCUUACGACAGCAGGCAAAAAUUGCAGCCCAAUGGGAGUCCCAGCAAAUAGCACUAGACAGUGAGCUUUUGGACACGCUACCGAAAUUGUACAGCAAUCGGGAGGAGCAAAUCACAAUGAAACUAGAAUGUCAAGGUAGCUCUUCAAAUCAUGUAUGCCAAGGAGCAGCAAAAAUCUCUGUAAAGUGUAAGGAAUUAUACAAGAAUAAUGCCAUCAAACAACAGCUUGAUGCUUUGAUUAAAGACAUUAAGCAGUUGCAAACCGAUGUUGCCAAACCUCCCCCUCAAAAUAUUGCUGAAGCUGCUGUGCAUGUGGAAAACUUUAUCACGGCCUUGGUAAAUGCCUUCAAGCUGCAUCAUACAGAAUCUUAUCAAAAAGUGGGCAUUGCCUUGUUCUAUGAGAUUGUUUCUUUUGUCUGUGAUGAAACACAGCGGCAUCCACCAACAAGGCAGUUCUUUACAUCGUGUAUUGAAAUUCUUGGACAGGUUUUCCUUAGUUGUGCUAAAACUGAAAGCAAAACUGUGUUGAAAAAAGUUCUUCAAAAUAGAAGACUAUGCAACCUUUUGUCACCAUAUUUCACUCCAAAUAUAUCUCCAGAUGAAUUUGUGAGUCUUUAUGAGGAAGUUGUCAAGGUCCUCCACACGGAUAGUGGGGAUGUCAUCUUCAUGUUAUUAACAAAGUUUGACCUUAAGCUCUGGUUGAAUUCUACCAAGCCAGUUAUGUCUGAACGGACUCGGCUGUUGGAGAUGAUUCAUUUAGCCCUUACUUUGUGUGGCUUCCAACCAGAAGAAGAAGUUCAAAUGGCUUUUAACAUUUUUUGCAAACAUUGGAUGUAUGUUCUACAGUAUCAAUUCCCUGAUCACUAUAGUGACUUCCUCAGACUUCUGAUGCAGAGCUCUUCAGAACAAAGGGUGAACCCUGACUGCUGGAAGAUUGCUUUGAAAACCUUAAAUUGUACCUCUGAGGAUGAACAUGAGCCUAGAAUUGCGAGAUGUGCAGAAGCCCAAAAUUCCCAAAAGAUUAGCCUAUCAUUUGAACAGGUGCUGGAGACCAUACAAUGGCUUUCUGAUUUCUUCCUGAAAUUGCGUCUUUCAAAACCAGAUUUAAGGAGCUUUGGUCUGUUCUCAAAGUGGACUCCAUACAUGAAUGAAGUGAAGAAAUUAUUGAUGUUUCUUGUUAGGUCUCUCAUUGAUUCUGAGAUUGCCAAACUUGCCCAAGAACCUCCAGCCAGCAGCAAAAAUGUAACAGGUUUGCAAAUGGUAUAUUCAAAACUGCUGGGACUUUUCAGACCAUGGCUACUGGUGCUAAAUACAGAAGAAGCAAGCAAUAACCGUUCGUAUCCCUGGCUAGAGAUUGACACUCCAGUAGCAUCUGGCAUGGUGAAGCUAUUCACUAAAUGUGUUGAUUAUCUGCAUCAAAGUUUUAAAGAUAGACUAAUUCCUGGCCAACGAGGAGCUCUCUGGUUCCAUUUGAUGCAUUAUUGUGAAACUUGCACUGUACCCAAAAUGUCAGAGUAUAUCCUGUAUACCUACCAUUCGGAAUAUUCCAAACUGCCAUGGAAAGAGUUGUACCCUGACCAAGCCUUAAUGGAAGAGUUCUUUAAAGUAGAGAGAGGAAGUCCAAAGAGCUGUUUCCUAUUUUUGGGAACUUUGCUAUGUGAAGUUAACUGGGUCAGUGUUCUUUCUGAUGCGUGGAAUCCCCAACCUCUCGUGCAAACACGGAUGAUGGUUAUCUAUUUGUUGUUUAUGAUGGUUUUUCUAGCAAAAGAAGACAAGCUUAUGAAUAAACCAGAAUCUCCAUUACAUAACCUUCUUGGACAAUCAAAUGCAAUACCCUGGCACUUUGUGGACAUUGCGUCAUACCAAAAUGUCAUCAACUACUUCAGUAGCCACUAUUCACCUUCCGUUGUCAUUUUAAAAAAUCCGUCAGCUGAACUGAUACUGAAGGUUUUAAAGGUUGCUGCGGGAUUUUGUGAAACCUUGGACAUACACAGUGAUGCUACACAUAAGUGUAGGGCAUAUGUCCAUCAAGUUGUCCAUUACCUCAUCACUUUGGAUCAGAAUGCUCAGAUAGUCCAUGCUCAACUAGAACAUGAAAUGAUAACACUACUGGAUGAUAUUGUUAUCUUUAACCCACCAGAUGUGGACAGUCAAUUGCGUCACAUGGCAAUAGCCAGCCUUUUUAUGGAAGUACUGAUGAUGCUGAAUAACACUAGUGUUACAUCAGCAGAAUCACUGCGAGUGAGUUUACGGUCUUGGAUCGAGACUAAGGUGCACUAUAAUCUCUCAUUACCAUUACUGACUGCAACUUGUCAAAGUCUGGCAUCUGUUAGACACAUGGCAGAAACGACUGAAGGGUGCAUCAUGGCUUAUUUCAAGGAUGGAGCAUGCCUUGAUCAAUAUUUUGGAUGGGGACCAAUUUUAGUGUCUCUUCAAGUUCCGGAGCUAACUGCAGAAGAAUUUCUAAAAGAGUGCUUGGACUUGGGAAGUUACUUGACACUUUAUGUGUACAUUCUUCAGCUUUUGAACAUGGAGCAGACUCUGUCCAAUGAAAUGAAAAUGUUAGUUCUACUUAACAAAUGGAUAGAGCAAGUCUUUCCCAGCAACACAAAUGAUGAGGCUAAGCUGUUCCUAUGGUGGCACAAAAUAUUGCAGUUAACAUUAAUCCAACUUGAACAGAACGAUAUAACUGCACUGGAUUUUUUAAUGAGGAUACUAAAUGCAUUUCAAAUGAAACAAUGUCAUCUGGCAGAGGAGAAACUAACGUCUGGAAUUCUGGGAGCUAUUGGUCUUGGAAGGAAAUCUCCCCUUUCCAACAGAUUUAGAGUGGUGGCGCGAAGCAUGUCAGCGUUCCUGUUGGUUCAGCUUCCUGCAGAGAACCGCAUUCGAAUAAAGCCUGGCACAGAACUGCAGUUAUCUCCCAAAGCACAGCAGGCCCUGAAUGGACUUGAAUCAAUGUCAUUGAGCAAGCAGUAUGCAGACUAUCAAGAAGAGAUUUCACAGGCUACUAUGUUUAUCAAGAAUCCAAACUAUUGUCUUUUGGAUGGCAACAAGCUAUUAGCUGUUCUUAUUAGUUUCCUUUAUCCUGACACACAUUAUCUAGACAUUAUCCGCUAAAUAUUUUUCCCUAGCAGAAUCUGAGGACAGGAAGUCUAUUGUGCUCAUUGAAUACUGCAAGAAAAAUUGAGACAGUAUCUCCAGUGAAAGGAUUUUAACUAAAUUACUACACCCAUUAAUGAACUAGUUAUCAGGUAACCAUUAGUUUAUUUUAGAUAAUGACAUAAUCCGAGCUGUUUAUAAAAAUGCUUUAAAAAAUGAACAGCAAUGCCUUUGUUAAAGGACCUCAGUCUACUGUUUGCUAGCUCACAAUUCUGUAUUUUUGUACAGUGAUCUGAUAUGUAAUACCAGUUUGAGUUGCAAAAAUAUGUACAGUAAUCAAGUGCAUUGUUGAUAAAGCACAUUCUACAUCCUA